AUGAAUUUAAUUAAAUCUAAACAAUCUAUUAAACAUAGUUCAUCUAGUUUCAAAUGUAUAUCUAAUACACAUAGAUCAGAGAGAGAUCAAUUCUUGAUUACCUCUUCAAAAUCAAUUUUUAUAUUUAGUCCUUUGAAUGGAUCGAAUCUUCAGCAGUAUUCAACAGCAGAGAUUACAAAGGAAAUAGAUUUUCAACUCGAUAGUGCAAUCACAUAUCAGAGUCAAUCAAAGAUGUCAGUUGAUCCUUAUUUCAAAGAGGCUAGAUUCUCACCUCAUCUGAAUAGCAUGAAUGUCUCUUUGAUAGCUGCAUCUACAAACAACCUCAAUCUUCAUAUAUUCUUACAACCACCUCUAUCAUCACCUACAUUUCAACCAAAUUGGGUCAAUCAACAAUCGAUUCAAUUAAAGAUAUAUAAUCAUUUGAAAUCAACAGAGUUUGACAAUGAUGAUGAUGAUGAUUGUGAUGAAUAUCAAUAUAAAGAACAAUCAUUUGUUAUAAGAGAAUCUGAAAUAAAGGAAUACCAACAUCGUCAAAGAGAUUUACUAGAUAUUCUUUGUCUUGAUUGGUCACCUAGAUUUAAACUAGUUACAAACAAAAAUAAUAAUAAAAAUAAUAAUGAUAAUGAUAAUGAUAAUAUAGAACAAACACAAAAAUCAAAUGUAACAUUGUUGGCACUUGGUGGAAAGAGAAUCUUGACAUUGUGGAAAAUGAAUUUGGAAGCUCACUAUUCUGAACCACUUGAAAAUACGAUUGAACAUUUCGCAACACAUAAACUAGGAAAAGGAUGGUGUCAACAUUUGCGGUGGAAACCUACACUGUCUGCAGGUGCUCUUCCCAUAAUCGCUACUGCCACAAGUCGAGGAGAGGUGACACUAUACAACAUUGAUCACGACACAACGAUGACACCAAUCGCAACAGUCUGUGAAGCUGACGACUCACCCGUUACUCUUCUAGAGUGGUCACCACCAAAUGAAUCAGGAGAAUCACUACUUAUCAUUGGAAAAGGAAUAGCAUUACAAAUCUAUAACCCAAUUAAACGUUCAUUGACAAACUAUUUGAUAAACAACACUGACAAUGUUUCUAGUGUUAUAUUUGCAAAUGCCAAUCAAUUUUACUGUAGUUCAUUGGACGCUACCAUCCAAAGAUACACGGUCAGCGAUAGAUUUUGGAAGACAAUGGAUACAACCAAAGAUAUUACCAUCGAAACAAUUAACCUACCUCUCGAAGCCAAUGAUAGAGCACCCGACAAUUAUUAUUUUUGUUUGCCUUCUCCAAACAAUUUGUUUUUGAUUGUUGGUGAAAAUGCUCAAGGUAUACAAAAAAUGUAUAGUGUUAGAAGAGACUUUGUAAAUGUCAAUAUCUAUUAUAAUUCAGAUUUUGAAAACUAUCAACUUGGAUUAAUUCAUAAAUACAAUACAAAUAAGAAUCAAUUAUAUAGAAUAUGGGAUACUCUAGCAUAUCAGCGAUACCUAACAGAAGAUCAACUAGUAGAGAUUAUAGAUACAACUAUUGCAGAGCUCGAUAGAUUACAAAACAAAAAGAACAAUCAACUUGCUGAUUAUUAUCAUUUUUAUAAACUAUUUAUUUAUACCUAUCAUAUAAUGAAAGAACAAUGUCCAAACAAAAUAAUAGAACAAUGGAAUAUUCUUUGUAAAUUGUUUAUUUCAAAAGUAGAAAUGAUUUAUAUUGUGAAUGUAUUAUCAACAUUUCUAACAAAUAUGGAUCAUUCAAUGAUAUCAAAAGAUGAAGAAAUAUCAUUAUUACUGAUGUGUGAUUGGUUACUUGAAAUCAACUCUGACAAUGUUAUUAGUGACAAAGAGAAACAAAUAAGUAUUGCCAAGCAAGUCUAUAAGAAACUAGAACAAUCAGUACCCGAUCCAAAGCGUUUACCUCCUCGUGAGAAAUGUAUCUUUUGCCAGCACAAUGUUCCCAACAAACCAUUGCUCUCGACAGUAGAGUGUGUCAAUGGAUGUCCUCUGGCUCGCUGUCAACGAACCAAACUCCUACUAAAUACUCACCAGUUGUUUCACUGCCAAAUGUGUCGUGUGAAAUCACUUAUCUUCCACAAAGAAGCAUAUCUCUUUGACAAAGAAGCGCAAGAUGAUAAGAGUUCCACAUUCAAACAAUUCAAAGCAAUCGAGGCAUCACCCGAUAUCAAAGGUAAAGCUUCAUCCUGCUUAUACUGUGGUUGUACAUAUACAAGAAGAUAUCCAUUCGAAUGA